AUGAGGUCGCUUCCGUUUGUUCUGGGCUGCCUGUCCGCCCUGCUGGCCCAAAGCCCGCUCGCCGCAGCUACCGACAACACCUCGGACCCGCUCUCCUCCAAGCAGAUUCUCCAGGGCGCCUUCAAGCCCCCGCACGUCUUCAAGAACGUCAACCUUGUGCGCAACGUCAACCUCGAGAAGGCCUACCCCCGCGAGACCAUCAAUGUCGUCAUUGAGAACGUCGACGAGAAGCCCCAGGACGAGUACUACCUGCCCUUCGAGGCCGGCUUGAUCUCGCAAAUAGGCGGCCUGGAGGUCAGGGACAAGAAGGACCCCGCAAAGCCUGCCUUCGAGGUCGAGGUUGUCGAGUUCGAUGCCUAUAGCCCGACUGAAUUCUACCGCGUUCGCCUUCCCGAGCCCCUCAAGCCGUCUGAGCAGCAGACCCUCAGCAUCUCCUACUCCGUCGUCGCUGCAUUGAAGCCGCGCCCCGCCACCAUCGAACAGCGCGACAAGCAAUACGUCGAGUACAGCUUCAGCGCUUAUGUGCCCUCGGCCUACGACACUCUGAAGCAGAAGACGAAGCUCAAAUUCUCCAGUACCGACGUCCCCGACUACACUGUCUUGCCUGCACAAAACGCCGACAAUGGCGACGACCCGACCAAGCAGGGCUCCAGCUUCACCUAUGGCCCUUACAGCGACAUUCCCGCCGGCGCCCAGGAGCCCGUCAGCGUCCGUUACGAGUUCACCAAGCCGCUGAACCAUGUUACCCGCUUGGAACGCGACGUAGAAGUCAGCCACUGGGGCGGAAACUUGGCUACUGAGGAGCGCUACUGGCUGACCAACCGCGGCGCCUCCCUGAAGAACCACUUCUCGCGUGUCCAGUGGCAGAUGACUGUCUACGCCAACCCCCCUAGCUCGGCUCUCAGCGCCCUGAAGAUGUCUCUCCAGCCCGGUUCCGUGGACGCCUACUUCACCGAUGACAUCGGCAACGUCUCCACGAGCCGGUUCAGGGCCACUCCGCGCGAGUCCAACCUUGAGAUUCGGCCUCGCUACCCCGUCUUCGGUGGAUGGAAAUACAGCUUCAAGGUGGGAUGGAACGGCGACCUGAAGUCUUACUUGAGGAAGUUGAAGGUGGGCGAUGGCUACGUCCUCAAGGUCCCUUUCCUCGAGGGUCCCAAGAACGCCGAGGGUAUCGAGUACGAGCGUGUCGACCUUCGCGUCAUCCUUCCUGAGGGUGCCAAGAACGUCAAGUUCGAGACUGAUGUCCCGAUCAUCUCCAACGAGACAUCUCUGCACCGCACCUUCAUGGAUACGAUCGGCCGCACUACCCUUCAUAUCAGUGCGCUGAACCUCAAUGAUGAGUUUAGGGGCCGGGAGCUUCUUAUUACCUACGACUACCCCUUCAUCGAGGGCUUCCGUAAGCCUAUCACCAUCACUUUGGGCAUGUUCGCCGUCUUUGCCGCCGUUUGGGUGCUGGGAAGCAUCGAUACCAGCAUCGGUGCCAAGCAGAAGGUCAAGGCGUAA